UUAUAUCAGGCGCAAAAAGAAGAAGAACAUAACGAACAAAGAAACCGGCAAGUUCACAUCACAAAUCAACUAGAAGAGAGUAAGCAAGUAAAGGUGGAAAAUGCUUUCAUCACAUGAGUGCAUCGCCUGGACAACGGUUCACAUCAUAGGAUGCGUUGCCAUAAUAACGCUCAAUAUCAUAACCAUCAUUGUUUUCACGAAGAACUGCAGCCUGCGUAAGCUCAGUACUUAUUUGCUCGUAAAUCUGGCAGUAGUUGAUAUGCUGGUUGGAUUGGUAGGAACCUUCACAGUUUAUGAACUUGGAACAUACUGUAAACUUUGGGAGAAUUCACUGGGUUUAUUGGAAGAUUAUUUUUUGAGGGUGCUCCGCUUGCUUUAUUCAAUUUCCUCGCUCGUCAACAUUGCACUUAUUUCUGUGGAGAGGCUGCACGCCACUGCUCGACCAUUCAGGCAUCGCUUCCUUAAAAGAAGAUCUUACCUAAUAGCAAUAGUCUCCAGUUAUUUGAUAUCUGCGCUGUUUUCCAUUACAUCCUUGGUAAUUCCUCGUAUUUAUCCGUUUGAAAAGUCUCAUAAUGUAGCAACUUCAUUGAUCUCAAUAUGUAUCGUGAUUAUAGUUUUCUCCUAUUCGCUCAUCUUCAUCAAAGUCAAAUGUGGUUCUCAGCCUCGUCAUCAUACUGCAGCUGGCAUGGAAGGUAGGCUGACGGUGACUCUGUUCAUUGUGACUGUAGUCUCGCUGAUGAUGUGGUUACCAUUUAUAGUGCAAUCUUUCCUUUGGUACACAACUAAGAUAUUUAGCACAUAUCCGUCGCACUUAACCUGCUUCAUCAUCUUUUUAGUCGGAGCUAAUUCUUUAGUAAACCCCUUAUUAUACGCGAUCAUAAUACCAGAAUUCAGGAGAACGGCGAAGGCGAUGUUUUGCUAGGAAGUGACGAACAGAUUCG